GUGUCACCUGAUUAGAAAGUCACCUCCCGGUAGGAAGUGAUGUGAGCGGCUAACGCUAGCUUAUAGACCUUUAAUCAUCGAGAACCUGGCUGCGUUAUAACUUUAUAACUAAAUCUCCUGAAGGGACAGAAGUGGGGCCAUGCCUCAGAAAGAUCCGUGUCAAAAGCAAGCAUGUGAGAUUCAAAAGUGUUUACAAGCCAACAAGUAUGUGGAGAGCAUGUGUGAGGACGUGAUCCGGGAGAUGCGGCGCUGCUGCGAGACUCAGGCCAGAAUCUCCAUCUGCUGCUCCGGGUUCAGGGAGUCUCAACCCCUGGAGGAGAAGAGAAGUCACACGUAGAUGCCUUCUAACCAUGUCACAAAGUGGCACUGUAUCUGUGUUGCACUCAUUCAGCCACUGUUUAAGGUGCCAUCAGGGCUGAAUGAUAUAGGUGAAUGCACAGGUGACAUUAUUUUUGACAUGUCAUUGCAGAAAUACACUGGAGCUUAGAUCAGCCAAAGUAUGAGUGCAAUCUAUAUUAAUGUUAUAAUUUACCUUAGUGUUGUUUAAUAAUGUCGCACCUCUCCGGCACGGUCCCAGCAAAGAGUUGAACAACAUGACACCAGCUGUCCAAUGUAGUAUUUAUUUAUUAAAGGGAAGUUUGAAUGAG